AUGCAACAUUAUGCAGCUUUCAGACAAGACAAGUUCAUUGACUAGAGUUCUAGCUAUUAGCAGUCCACUGUAAAGCACUGAAUCAACAGAAAGUCAACUGUCACCAAAUCACAAAAUAUUGUGAGAUUGAAAUAAAAUAGUUCAUAACCAGAAAUCUAACUUGAUUAAUAACCUGAAAACUAAAACGUAUUGCAAUUAACAGGAAAUCACUUGAUCAUCCAAUUACAUGCUAUUAUAAUAAAUAGGAUAGCUUGUGAUCCAGCAUCUACCUAGCAAUUCCUGAUUCAAAGGCUAGGAAAAUAAAAGAAUGGAAGAAACGUGUCAAAAUAUUUCAAGAGAAGGUUAGUAACAUAUAGAUAUAUCCAGGGAUGCUACUGUUCAUUAAAAAAGGCCGGCGACACAACAGAUGAUUUCAGUUUAGUUUUCAUCUCGAACAAAUCAAAUAGUAAGGUUAAAACGUCAGUACCUUUUUUAAAAAAUGGAGACAGAACAAACAUUAAACGAGAAAAAAAAUUCCUAAAGCAUUGCCAAAAAAACUGAAAUAUCCGAGAAAAAAAAUUCGAUGGUGCUGGAAAUCCCGACGAGGGGAAGGAUGAAUAGAGCUCACGAUAUGCUACGUUUAGGCGUUGCUAGGGCAUUCCCUCGCGAAAUGUCCCGGCUUCCCACAGUGAAAGCAUCCCCCUCCCCCUCCCCCUCCCCCUCCCCCGCCACCAGCGCCGGAAAAGCGACCGCCACCACCUCCUAGGUGACAGUCUCUAGCCAGGUGACCAGUUUCCCCACAAGUAUAACAAGCCGCGCCACCACCCCCUCGGUUGCAUUCCCUCGCCAGAUGCCCAGGCUGCCCGCAGUUAUAACACGUCCCCCCGCCACCGCCACCGCCACCGCCGCCACCACUGCCACCCCCUUGCAGGCAAUCCCUAGCCAUAUGGCCAGGCUGCCCGCAGUUGUAGCACCCUCCACCGCCGCCACCACCGUAUGCUCCACCACCACCACCACCACUCAUCCGCCCACCUCUUCCACCACCCCAGCUGCCACCGAAAGCCCCGCCGAAGCCGCCCCCCCCGUAUCCACCACCGCCGUAUCCGCCCCCACCACCGCCGUAG